AUGGCGGAGGAUUUAACACAUGAAAUUGAAGCUAUAGACAAACUGAUCCAAAUAGGGAAGUUGCAAAACAUCGCAUUUGAAAGGGAACAUUUUAUGUUGAACAAACAAGUUGUCAACCCUCGUUUGCCUUUUCAGACUUUCAGAAAUGGUCUGAAGGGAAAGGUGAAACCUCUGGAGGGACGAGAGAAACAAAGAUUCCUAAAUCUUGCUGCAAACCUGCGCUCAGCGUUAGACAGGUUGUGCCGUCUUAUUUACCGCCACUGCAACAACGGCAGUAAUUCCACAGAAGCAGAAAAUGUCAAAUUCCCUUCAAAAGUCCCGACAAGAUCUGACAAUGCACAAAAAGAGGCGUUUGCACAGGAACACUUCAAUAUUACCUUCACUGAUAACACUGAUAUGUCAGCUUACGAUCGUUUUGAAGCAAUUAUCCUGGGAUGCUUUGGUGUUGAUGAACAGGCGGACAGGAUUCUCAAAACACUCCAUGGUCUGUGCAACCUUGGUGAGUCGGUUGUUAUUGAGGUGAAACAGCAGCAGGCGAAUUGGGCCGUUACAUUUCGUUCUAAUAGUGAUGAAUUCUAUAUGCAACCAGAACCGCUUAUCAAAUUCGCAUCAAAACUUCUUCCGUUUGUGAAACACACAAGAAACAACCUUUUGGAAGGUUUUCCCACAGCUGCAUUUGAUGACAAUAAAGUGAGACAUGACGCGGCUGCAGGCGUACACGUAGGCACUGGUCAUUGCAAAUGGCCUGAAUUUGAUCAAAUGUGUCUUUACAACAAUUUAAAUUAUAUGUAUAUAUCUUGCUAG